AGAAAUUGAGGGAACUGAAAUCCUAUCAAGAACUUAGUCCAACCAAGUACUAACUCCACUUCAAAUUCCUUCUUGUCCAACUGUCUCAGACAGUGUGAUUCCAGGGACUGAGGGUCCAAUUGUAGCUGUGCUGCCCUCCUGGUGCAUUCCUCGAGUUCAGAAAGAGUUCAGGGAAUCCCUUCACUGCUGCAAGCUUCCUUGAGGAGCAGAAAGAAAGCAUGGAGGAAUUGCACUACCCAUACUGCGAGAACACAGCAGGUUCUCGCAAAGUGUUACAUUUAAUGCUAAAACUGUGAAACACAAAACAAGGAAAUCUUUCUUUCUGUCCUUCCUCCUGCCAACUCAAACCAACCCAAGACCACUGUGCCUGCCAUUUCCAAACUCUCAUUCCUACCAGACACACAUUUCUAGGUACUCCAUGUUCCCAAACUUCAGAUCACCUGAGGAUCAAGACACUGGGAUUGAUGCAAGCAGUCAUCAGCCUUUCCAUCCCAAUAUCCCUACCAAGGCUUUUGAUGUGGUUGUCCUAAGGAAGACCCUAGAAGAGCCAGAAUCUGAAUAUAUCAGUGGUCAAGCUAAGCAUCUCGGCUUAAGUAAUCGAUCUAGGCAUGAAGUUUUCAGUAUUCCCUCUGACUCCCAGAAGAAGGCUGUGCAGUGGCCAGGACAUCCUGCCAACACACUGACAGGCUGGUGUCUCUAUUUCCACGUCGUCAAGAAAAUAGAUGUCCUCUUCCUUCCUAAGUUUGACGAAGAAAAGGAUCAAAUAUACUAUCCAAAUCCACCAAAGAUAGUGGCCCCUGACUCCACUUUUAAAGAGCUAGAACAUAAACUCUGUCCAAGAACAACCAAUAUGCCACGAAACACUGAAAGGGCACUGGGGAUCACAACAUACAGUGGAGACUUCACAGAAAGAGGUCUGAUGAAUCCUCCUAUCCUGGAUAACUACUACAUGAAAGAAGUUGGCAGAUUAACUGGAAAACUAGGCGAAGACGUAGAACUAAAAGAAACAUUUCUGCCCAGUCUCUCACAAGUGAGACCUCUCGAAGAGCACACUGCAUGUUUACUUCAGGGUCAACAUCCCCAUGAAUCAAUUCUGCAAGAACAGUAUUCCUCCAAGCAGGCCACUCUGUCUCAGACAUGCUACUAGAAAGUUCAUUAUCUGGAUACAAGGCCGCCAAUAAACAAACGUCAGAAAACUACUGACACAUUGCAAACAGAAGCAUUGUACAGGGGGCAGCCUUCAGGAAGGCCUGAACUUGAAUCCCUUCCAAAAUCUGUGGUGCCUUAUGAAGCCUUCAAGCCCAGACAUUUGGAUCAACAUACAAUAUGGGAAAACCCAGUUAGACUAAUAAACUGGCCUGAAGAAGCAGGAUAUCAGCCUGCAUGGAGACCAGAGGAUGGGCCAGAGGCAGAACUGCCUGAGAUCCCUAGCUGCGAGGUUCCUCGGCACCAGAGAGCACUGCUGGAGCUGCAGCAUUCCUUCGCUAAGACAACAGUACAAAAACGUUUUCAUGAUUCCAUAAGAGAGACAAAAGACUUCAGAGAUAACAUUACUAAGGGGAGACACAAAUUCUAUGGUUUCAACGAUUUUUAUUUUGGUCCUUCAAAGUUGAACAACAAAUAA